AUGGCUGAGGGUGAGGAUAUGCAGACCUUCACUUCCAUCAUGGAUGCACUAGUCCGCAUCAGUACAAGCAUGAAGAACAUGGAGAAGGAGCUGCUGUGCCCAGUGUGCCAAGAGAUGUACAAGCAGCCGCUAGUGCUGCCUUGUACCCACAACGUGUGCCAGGCCUGUGCCCGGGAGGUCUUGGGCCAGCAGGGCUACCUAGGCCAUGGUGGGGACCCCAGUUCAGAACCCACUUCUCCUGCUUCCUCUCCUUCUACCCGAAGCCCCCGCCUCUCUCGGAGAACUCUCCCUAAGCCAGAUCGUUUGGACCGGCUCCUUAAGUCAGGCUUUGGGACAUACCCUGGGCGGAAGCGGGGUGCCUUGCACCCCCAGACGAUCAUAUUCCCGUGCCCAGCCUGCCAAGGCGAUGUGGAGCUGGGGGAGCGCGGCCUUUCUGGGCUUUUCCGAAACCUGACCCUAGAGCGCGUGGUGGAGAGGUACCGACAGAGCGUGAGCGUGGGCGGCGCCAUCCUGUGCCAGUUGUGCAAGCCCCCACCGCUAGAGGCCACCAAGGGCUGCACAGAGUGUCGAGCGACCUUCUGCAAUGAAUGCUUCAAACUCUUCCACCCCUGGGGCACCCAGAAGGCCCAGCAUGAGCCCACUCUGCCCACUCUCUCAUUCCGCCCCAAGGGUCUGAUGUGUCCAGACCACAAGGAAGAGGUGACUCACUACUGUAAGACGUGCCAACGACUGGUGUGUCAACUCUGCAGGGUACGGCGCACCCACAGUGGACACAAGAUCACUCCAGUGCUCAGUGCCUACCAGGCCCUCAAGGAUAAGCUGACAAAGAGCCUGGCAUACAUCCUGGGAAACCAGGACACAGUACAGACCCAAAUCUGUGAGCUGGAAGAGACCAUCAGGCAUACUGAGGUGAGUGGUCAGCAGGCGAAGGAGGAGGUGUCACAGCUGGUUCGGGGACUGGGGGCUGUGCUGGAAGAGAAGCGGGCCUCACUGCUGCAGGCCAUCGAAGAGUGCCAGCAAGAACGGUUAUCACGGCUCAGCGCCCAGAUUCACGAACAUCAGAGCCUGCUGGAUGGCUCGGGUUUGGUGGGUUAUGCCCAGGAAGUCCUUAAGGAAACAGACCAGCCUUGCUUUGUGCAAGCAGCCAAACAGCUGCAUAACAGGAUUGCCCGAGCUACUGAGGCCCUGCAGACGUUCCGGCCAGCUGCCAGCUCCUCCUUCCGCCAUUGUCAGCUGGAUGUGGGGCGUGAGAUGAAGCUGCUGACAGAGCUUAACUUCCUGCGAGUGCCUGAGGCUCCUGUCAUUGACACCCAGCGCACCUUCGCCUACGACCAAAUUUUCCUGUGCUGGAGGCUACCCCCCCACUCACCACCUGCCUGGCAUUACACUGUUGAAUUCCGGCGUACAGAUGUCCCUGCCCAGCCAGGCCCUGCACGCUGGCAGCGUCGGGAGGAGGUGAGGGGCACCAGUGCCCUUCUUGAGAACCCUGACACGGGCUCUGUGUAUGUGCUGCGUGUCCGUGGCUGCAACAAGGCUGGCUAUGGAGAAUACAGUGAGGACGUGCACCUGCACACACCUCCAGCCCCUGUCCUGCACUUCUUCCUUGACGGCCGCUGGGGCGCGAGCCGAGAGCGGCUAGCUAUCAGCAAGGACCAGCGAGCGGUGCGGAGCAUUCCGGGGCUUCCCUUGCUGCUGGCUGCUGAGCGGCUGCUCACGGGCUGCCAUCUGAGUGUGGACGUGGUCCUGGGUGAUGUGGCUGUGACCCAGGGCCGCAGCUACUGGGCCUGUGCAGUAGACCCUGCUUCCUACUUGGUCAAGGUGGGCGUCGGGCUGGAGAGCAAGCUUCAGGAAAGCUUCCAGGGUGCCCCGGAUGUGAUCAGCCCCAGAUAUGACCCGGACAGCGGGCACGACAGUGGUGCUGAAGAUGCCACAGUGGAGGCGCUGCCACCCUUUGCUUUCCUCACCAUUGGCAUGGGCAAGAUCCUGCUGGGCUCUGGAGCAAGUUCAAAUGCAGGGCUGACAGGGAGGGAUGGCCCAGCAGCCAGCUGCACAGUGCCCCUGCCACCCCGCCUGGGCAUCUGCUUGGACUAUGAGCGGGGACGAGUUUCCUUCCUGGAUGCUGUGUCCUUCCGUGGGCUCCUCGAGUGCCCCCUAGACUGCUCAGGGCCUGUGUGCCCUGCCUUCUGCUUCAUUGGUGGUGGCGCUGUACAGCUGCAGGAGCCUGUGGGCACUAAGCCUGAGAGGAAAGUCACCAUCGGGGGCUUUGCCAAGCUGGACUGAGCCUUUCAGCCCCCAUUUCCAGACCUGACCUCUGCUCCCCAAGCAUCCAGGCAGCAGGUUGUUUACCCAGCAGCUUCUCCCCCCAACUUUCCCUAACUAUGUGUGUGGUCCUGCCCCAUACCUUGCCAGCCCUGUCUUCCUAGGGCUUUCCUUGUCGAAGGGGCUCUCUCCUGCUUACCUCUGGCUGUCCUCCAUUCUGUGUUACCUGUUGGCCUAGGCUCCAGGCCCUGCCCUUGGAGUCUUAACUAUGGCCCCUGACCCAUCCCUGUCCUGUGCCCCUGAGGCUAUUGAAAGGGAGGGCACCUGGAACAGUGGGUGUGAUUGACAGCUCUGCCCUUUGCCUUGCCAAGCUCCCUGCUCCAUUGAUGCUGAACCACAGCCUUGGCAGCCAGGCUUUGAGCCUCUCCAAUGAGGGAGGAGGACCUACCAUUUUAUUUGGGUCCCUAUACCCCCCAACCGCAUGUCCCUUCUGUCCCUCUUUUCCCUCUUGCAUGCUUUUCCUAUCCUGCACCCAUGCCAAUGUGCCAAGUCUCCCUUGGGAACCCG